AUGUUUUCUGUUCAACUCGCAGAAAUGAAAUCGGUAACUACUGUGCGGGCAUUCGCAUUAUUGGUUCUUGUGCAUUGGCCUCACACGGGUGGUGUGAAUGUUGAACCACCUGAAGAAAUUCAGAGUCCUGGUGCCUUUGAAUCUGAUAUGAUGUUAGAUCCUGUACAGAUUGCUGCGAUCACUGAAAGCAGUGACGCUAUUAAUAAUGGAGUGGAUGCACGUAAAGCACUUACUGCUUUGGCAAGUCGUUGGCCAAAUGCUAUUGUACCAUAUGUGAUAUCUGCUGACAGUCAAGGUGACAGUGCUGUUAUAAGAGAAGCACUCAAAUACUGGGAAGACCGAACCUGUCUUACAUUCCCACCCUAUGACUCAACUAAAGGACACACAAGUAGGAUUAGGUUCAUGAAAGAUGAAACAUAUUGCUGGUCAUGGGUAGGAGUCCAUAAUCCCGGUGGAUCGCAAGAUAUUUCAAUUGGACAAGGUUGUGCUCAGAGAGGAACAAUCGUACACGAGAUCGGCCAUGCAAUUGGUUUUUGGCAUGAACAAAGCCGUCCAGACAGAGACACUUAUGUACAGAUACAUUUCGACCGCAUUAUACCUGGAAAAGAGAGCAAUUUCCUAAGAUACGCAGCUGACACUGCAAAUACGUACAACAUACCCUAUGACGUCAGUUCCUUGAUGCACUAUGGUCCAACGUAUUUUUCUUGGAAUGGGCUAAAUACAAUUGAUGCAGUUGAUCCAGACGAUCAGGCAUUAUUGGGUCAAAGGAACCACCUUAGCGCCAACGACGUUCUUUUAGCUAAUAUAAUGUACGACUGCAGGAGGUUAGCAAAUGUGGCGUUGGGUAAGCCAACAUCAGUCAGUUUCUUGCGGUAUCCUGAAUAUCCUUCGUCAAAUGCUGUGGAUGGCAACACAGAUUCUUCUUGGUAUGGAAAUAGUUGCACUCACACUUAUAAACAGUUCCAACCCUGGUUCCGAGUUGACCUUGGAAGUAGUAAAGUGGUUCAUGAAGUGAUUGUUACCAACCGAAAGGACUGCUGUGCUGAAAGAAUUACAGGUGCCGAGGUUCGUGUAGGACAAAACCACCCAGAUUUUGAACUAAACACUAAAUGCGGAGACAAGGUGACCGCCGCUGAAUCAUCCCAAACUACUUUGGUGUUCGAAUGCUCCCCUGCUAUAACUGGUCGCUACGUAAGUUUGCAGCUGAUUGGAGUGACAGAAGUCUUAAACUUUUGUGAAAUAGAAGUCAUGGCAGAAUCAUCUCCAAGGUUAGUUAAUGUGGCUGUUGGUCAUACAGCCUCCAUAAGCGGACUGCAAUAUGCCAACUACCCGGCUUCAUUGGCAGUGAACGGAAACACUAAUUCUAAUUUUUUUGAAGGCAGUUGUACCCACUCUACUGACUCAUAUGAACCCUGGUUUAAAGUAGACCUUGAUGGAACCUAUAAAAUUCAUGAAGUGGUUAUCACUAAUCGCAAGGACUGCUGUGAUUUUCGCAUAGCGGACGGGGAAGUUCGUGCUGGACUUAGUACAGUCAUUUCGGAAAAUACUCGCUGUGGUACCCGUGUCACUCAAGCCGAAAGCACUCAGACCACUUUGACCUUUGUAUGCGACCCUCCUGUAAAUGGCCGCUAUGUAAGCCUGCAGUUGAUGGGGAGAUCUGGAGUAAUGAAUUUCUGCGAGAUGGAAGUCAUGGCUGGAGCUUGAUGAUUUUCCCUGAACAAAUGAACUAUGGACCGACUAGUACAGAUAUGUAGAUGACAUCUUGGUUCUUAUGUAAUGUUUGUAGUCAUUAAGGUAGUACAAUAAAAUAUGUAGACAUAA